AUGACAGCUGUAGGCUUACAAAGACACCGACUCAUCCACAGUGGAGUUAAACCUUACAGCUGUGAGUUGUGUGGAAAAUCUUUUACCGAGUCUGGAGCCUUAAAAAAACACCAACUCAUCCACAGUGGAGUUAAACCGUACAGCUGUGAUGAGUGUGGGAAGUAUUUUACCCGGGCUGAAAGCUUAAAAACACACCAAUUCCUCCACAGUGGAGUUAAACCUUACAGCUGUGACUUGUGUGGAAAGUCUUUUACCCGGGCUGAAAGCUUAAAAACACACCAAUUCCUCCACAGUGGAUUUAAACCUUACAGCUGUGAGUUGUGUGGAAAGUCUUUUACCCAGGCUGUAGGCUUACAAAGACACCGACUCAUCCACAGUGGAGUUAAACCUUACAGCUGUGAGUUGUGUGGAAAGUCUUUUACCGAGUCUGGAGCCUUAAAAAAACACCAACUCAUCCACAGUGGAGUUAAAACUUACAGCUGUGAUGAGUGUGGGAAGGAUUUUACCCGGACUGGACAUUUAAAAACACACCAACUCAUCCACAGUGGAGUUAAACCGUACAGUUGUGAUGAGUGUGGGAAGUAUUUUACCCGGGGUGGAGACUUAAAAAGACACCAACUCAUCCACAGUGGAUUUAAACCUUACAGCUGUGAGUUGUGUGGAAAGUCUUUUACCCAGUCUGGAAGCUUAAACAAACACCAACUCAUCCACAGUGGAGUUAAACCUUACACCUGUGACUUGUGUGGAAAAUCUUUUACCGAGUCUGGAGGUUUAAAAAAACACCAGCUCAUUCACAGUGGAGUUAAAGCACACUACUGUGACUUGUGUGGUAAAGCUUUUGCUCAAAGUCAACACUUACAGAGGCAUCUAGUUACCCACUCUGGAAUUAAGGCGUAC